CAGACGGUCCAGGGACCUCUAGGUCCUGAUCAAAACAACACCACAGAUACAACAUAAUAUAUAUAUUUAUAUUUAUAACACAGACUUUGCGCCAUGCAUAGACCGAUGUACAGUUCGUUUUCUAUCGACGCCUUGAUGGCACCUCAGCCGAGAGUUACCCCACCCUUGUACUACUCUGGAUACAUGUUCAUGUCCCCAGGAGCGGGAGUGGCGCCCCUGCCCGCGGGAUCGAUGAACGACCCCCGGGUUUUGGCGGCGCACGCAGCGUUUACACAGGCGCAGAUGUUCAGUCCGCAAGGCUUGGCGGUGCACCACAGGGAGUUUCAAAACUAUGGAGGAGGAGGUGGUGGUGGUUGUGCCAGGAGUCCAGAGUCGCCCCACGGACACGGGAAUCGCCUAUCCACCCCCAAUUCAGGGCAGAGUCUGGAGGAGUGUGGCAAGUCGGACAGUCCCAUCAGCAGCGAUGAAGGGAAUGAGGAUGAUGAAGAUAUAGAAUCUAUUGGGGAUCCAUCUUUAAGCAUCAAAGAAAACGACCACAGGAAUGACAGACUGGAAAUGGGUAGAAACGGACCCUCUUCCCCCGCAAAUUCCGACUGUGCAUUACACCUGGACGAAUCCGACGGACAUGACGCCACUUCCGGUGGCAAAACGAGAAGGCGGCGAACGGCCUUCACAAGCGAACAACUGUUAGAACUGGAGAAGGAAUUCCACAGCAAGAAGUACCUUUCCUUAACGGAGCGUUCGCACAUCGCGCACAACCUAAAACUCAGUGAGGUUCAGGUGAAAAUCUGGUUUCAAAACCGCCGCGCCAAAUGGAAGCGUGUAAAAGCCGGACUCGUUCAUACCAGGCCGGGCCCGGAGCAGACGAACAAGCCUAAAAUUGUGGUGCCCAUUCCAGUGCACGUGAACAGGAUAGCAAUACGAAGCCAGCACCAACAGAUGGAGAAAUCAAGAACAGUUCCCUAG